UUAUAAUGAUUUCAAUGAAGCGUGGAAGAAGAUUCCAUUAAAAGCUGUCCGUGGGCUUAGAUAUAUCAGGAUGUAUAACAAGAUUCCUUAUACUGAAGAAUAUGAAUCACAUCGAUACUAUUUAAUCGAAGACAUAAAAAUCCUUUAUGAUGAAUUUAUGCUUCUUAUUCAUCAAAAUAAAGAUAAAGAUUUUAUCAUUUCAUGGGAGUUGGAAAAACGAAUGAAAGGAAGUAUUUAUAUGAAAGAAGUUUGCAAGUAUUCAAAAGAGCAAAAGUCGGUCCAAUCGACAAUUUUUCGUAGUAAUAUUAUUAAAUUAGGAAAGAUCUUGGAUUCUUUGAUCGAAGAGAAUUCUGUUGAUGAUAAUAAUCAAAAAUAUGAAUUAGAUAUUUUAUAUGAUUGUCUUGGU